AUUUAAACAGAAGGAGUUAGUUUGGUUUCUGUAAGCUUAUUGUUGAUGUGGCUAGUUCAGAUCUGAAUUGCGUUUUACGGUUAGGUGUGCAAUAUAAUAAGAUUUCUCGAUGUCUCAUGUUACAAAUAACAGAUCUUUUCUGGCGGUUAAUGAGGUUGUGUCUGGAGCAGCAAGCUUACUCGAGCAUCUUGACAAGCAAAUCCUGGUAUGGUUGAGAGAUGGGCGAAUGUUUUUGGGAUACUUGCGCAGCGUUGAUCAGUUCGCGAACUUGGUUAUGCACAAUGCUACUGAAAGAAUACAUGUAGGUGCAGAUUAUGGUGAUAUCCCUCAAGGCGUUCUCAUGGUAAGAGGUGAAAAUGUGGUUCUGCUUGGUGAAAUAGGAGACAGCAACAGCAGUGAAAAUCGACUACCAGCAGAAAAUAUACUAGUAGUUCAAGCAGCCCAUAACAAGAUAAAAGAAACUACUGAGAAACUGAAGAUGCUAGCUUAUUGGAGACGCGGUCUUGUGUAUUCUGGUGAAGAUACUUUCUGAAUGUAUGGAAAUGGAAUAAAAUAUUCUAAGCUAUAA